GGCGCAUUAUAUGCCGAGUCUGUUUCCAGCAGGAAGGGGUUUUAAAACCAGCAGAGACUUCAGGAGCAACUGAGGAAAACAGGAGUGAAAUAAACAUGCAAGAGAGUCAAUCUUGAAUUGCGUUGAUCCGGAAGAAUCACAUAUUUUAUUUACGAAGAUCAACUGGAUGGCUCAGAGAAAAUCGAAGGCAGCAAGACUCCCAGGAGCGAAGAGGGAGAUUGGACCCGGAGAAAGUUAUAUACAUUGGAGACUGAAAUAACUUCGCGGUUUUGAGUUACGGUGACGAAAACAUUAGCAUUUAUGUAUACAAUAUUCAGACCAUUGGGAGCCAUUAAAUCUAAAAUUAUUUACAAAUCUUCCUCGUAGCCUGAACUAAAACAGCAAGAAUGAGUGAAUUAAGCGAUAAAUGGUGAUUUGCGUUGUUCUUCAGCCAUAAUUCAGCCUUUAACCUUUACGAUUCAUAAAAAGGUUGUAAACACAGAGUACAUUUGUAGUUUUCGAGCCUGGGACAAUACGGAGAACAGGAGGUAUAAUUAAAUUAAACUAAACAGUUCUAAAGCUGUAGCUUCUAUUACGAACGGGCCGAUUAGCGAAAUACAGGAUUAAGUAAUUGCAUGGGAGGUAAAGGCUUUCGGUGUCGGUAGAAGAAAACACACCAUAUUUUCAAUGUUUAUGUCUUUCCGAUACAACUCUUUAGAAGAUACAACUCGGAUAAGGUAGAACAAAAGAAAAGGGGGACAAAAAUACCACAAAAAUAUUUUAAAAGCAGCUGAAGAAUCUGGGAAACUUCUGAAGUGUUUUCUAUUGGACUUUCUGCAUGGGGUUCACAUUUAUCUGACAGAAAUGGGAGGAUGUGUCGGCAGAGAACGGGCAGACACCCAGGGGUCAACGAGGACCAACGCACGCAACCCACGUAAGCGUGGAGGUCGAAAUGAGCCCCUCAAGAAAGACAAGCCCAAGUGGAAGAGUGACUAUCCAAUGACUGAGGGUCAACUGCGAAGCAAGAGAGACGAGUUCUGGGAUACUGCACCAGCAUUUGAGGGCCGGAAAGAGAUUUGGGAUGCACUAAAGGCUGCAGCUGUUGCUAUCGAGUGCAAUGAUCAUGAGCUUGCACAAGCUAUUGUUGAUGGGGCAAAUAUAACUCUCCCACAUGGAUCACUGACAGAGUGCUAUGAUGAGCUGGGAAACCGCUACCAGCUUCCAGUAUAUUGUCUUGCUCCACCAGUAAACCUUAUCAGUGAACGUAGUGAAGAGGAAUCUUCAAACACACCAGAGCCUCAAUCUGGCACUAAACGAGAGUUUCAAUUAAAAGUGCGUCUGUCAACAGGAAAGGAUCUACGUCUCAAUGCAAGUAUGUCUGAUACUAUUGGACAGUUAAAGAAACAGCUUCAGGUCCAGGAGGACAUUGACCCAGCACACCAGCGCUGGUUCUUCUCAGGGAAAUUGCUCACUGACAAAACCAGGUUACAGGAAACCAAAAUUCAGAAAGAUUUUGUGAUCCAGGUUAUAGUAAAUAAAGUGAGUGCACCCAACUGAGGAAAUGAACAGCGGUUUGUAUUAGGGGAUUUUAUUCUUGCUUGUUACUUUAUACAACAUUUAAAAAUAAAUAAAUGCAGAUCAUUAUGCAUAAUUUGCUCUGGUAUGGGAGAGGUGAUCUAAGUAGAUUAACAGUGCUUCUUCAAUUUGUAGUGUAAAAUCUCAGGGACACAAUACUCUUUGAGUGCAGUGAAGUUAAACAAUGGCUUUUUCAAAACUGUGUAGUACUUUAAGUACAAACUUAGGGGGAAGUGACAGUUGGUUGGGAGAACUGGAAAUUCAUGCUUAUAAAUAGAGAUUAAGCUUUGUAAAAAUGUAAGCUAAGUGUGUGAGCAUAAUGAUUUUAGGGCUAUAUGUAUAUCUUAAAUUAUUAGUGUGUUCUGUUAAUUUUUUGGACACCCAAGAGCCUUUAAAUAAGAAGAGUAUGUGCUCAGCCCUGUGAUACUGCUCCAAUCUUUUAACAUGUUUUCUGAUCAGAUAAAAAUAAAUAUUUUAGUAUAGUUUGUUCUUUGACAAAUUCAUUUUAGAGAACCAUAAUCUACUGAUAUUUUGUAAAAGCCAAAAUAUAUAUUUGUUCAUCCUAUUAAUGGUCGACUGAAAAAAUGAAACAGAAGGGUUUAAGAAGACAAGGUCUCUUUUUAGCACUAGUAUGGAUGAUUUUUGACCACUCUUCUGGACUUUAAUUUGUAAUGUAUGUUAAAUUUUCAUUCCUAUGGGUUAACUGAAAAUAUUUGUGAAUGCUACCAAAAAAUGAGCAAGCAGUUUGUCUUUGACCUAGAAACUAAUCAGAAAAUUCAAGGAAUGGUUAAUGGACAUUGAAAUUGAAAAUCCAAGUGGUUAAUGAACAAUGUAGUCUAAGAUUAAAAUAAACCCAGGCACACUGUUUUAAAGCUUUGGCAAAGUGAUGAAUUGACCACUACAGAUUCUAAGCAAUAUUUUGUGAUUAAAGCACCUUAGGAGUGGUCUUAAACUUCACUUGGUGUUACUUGCUAGUUGUGCUCAUUCGUGAUGACAUCAUAGUAAAGGAUGUGGACAAAAAAAUCAUUAAUGACAAAAAAAGUGAAUGCGUUUUCUUCUUGGUAGGUGUGCUGCAAUUGUUGUCAAUGUAAUUUAUCUGGACAAUCUCAAAAAGAGUGGUAUACAAUGUUGCAUUUUGGGAGUGGUGGGUAGGAGGGGAUGUUAUUUAAUGGGCAGUUUUUAAUUUGUGUUUUCGCUAAAGCAAGCACACCUGUCUGUUUUUUUCCCCCCCUUAAGAAAUGCAAGUGUAAAUAGUUUGUUGUAUGCUAUUAAAGGGAUUAAGGGUACUUCAUACACUUUUUUUUUUUUUUUCAUGUAGGUAAAAUAUAUAUAACAAAAUUAAAUGAUAGCUUUUUAACAAUACCACACUGUAAGAUACCAGUGCAGAUGUUUUAUAGUAUAUCAAUAAAAAUUUGUGUUUUAUGUAGCAAUUAUUGCACCUUACUGUACAUGGAAACACCAAAUUGAAUAUUUUUACAUAUGCUUUUAAUACCAUUCUGCUAGGCCAGGGGUCUGCAACCUUCACUAUGAAAAGAGCCAUUUUGCCCCCCCUUCCUCCAAAGAAAAAUAGUCUGGAGCCGCAAAACAUAACACAGCUUAUAAACUUUUAAAAGUUUUAAUCUUUUUUUAGAUUUUACAUGUUACAACCACGGAAUACAACAAACAGAAGUGCAGUGUGCAUGUGUAGGCCUACUUUGAAAUAAAUUAAACUGAACUAUGCAGGCCUAUUUGGGUCCUUCCUAUACCUGUGUAAAAUUAAAAUAAAAACUAGCCCACUUUAAUAUAAAUAAAACAUUUAGCUGUAGCUUAGCAGCUUUAAAAAAGUAAACAUUAAAUUCCAUUUCAGUGUGCUGAAUCAACUGAAGCACCUGAACAUACAAAAAAACCUACAUCAGCUCCGGGUCCGAAAUGAAUGUGUUUUUUUUUCUGAAAAAUAAUAGCAUAUUAAAUGCUAUUGUUCUCACCUGUUUAAUGUGACUUCUGUUCCUGAAGUUCGCUGCUGAUCAUCUCUAUGUCGGGGCUGUACAAUGUGACUUUGACCUUCACACAGGACUGCAGGCUCUCAUGUGUGAGGCGGGAGCGAUAUUUGGACUUUAUGAAGUUCAUGCUUGAGAAAACUUGCUCACUUAAGUAUGUUGAGCCAAAGACGGACAGGACUCCAAAUGCAUAUUUUUUCAUGUUCAUAUACGUUUUGGGAAUGGCACUCCAUGUGUCGAAAACAAAUUUGUCGGGUUUGGGGAGGUUUUCAAUAUCACUCCAUUUGUGCUCUUUAGCGAGAGUAGCCUUCUGACGGGCGACUUCUUCAAGAUCCGCUGUCAGGCAUUUGAACUUGGACACCCAUUAAUCUUUAUCUGCCAUGUCGUCCAGUUCAAUUUCUAGAUCGGGCUUACUUACUCACUCCUGUGAAUGCGGAUGUGUUCAGCAGGGAUGGGUCGAUGUCCAGGGGUGUGACAGGGAAGGAGAGAGUGUGUGUUUUUCCUUUCUGAACUCACUGAAUCUUUCUCUAAAUGCAGCUUGCAUUUUCUGAACAAUUUCCCGUUUGUUUUUAAAGUCGGAGAAUAGAUGUUCUGAUAUUUUUAUGAACGAUUCUUUCAUGUAUUCUCCGUCUGUGAACGGCUUACCCCUCCUUACGAUCUCUUGAGCUGCCACAAAACUAGCAGCUGUAGUUGACUGUGUAGAAGUGAUCCACUUUUUGAAAGUAUGUUUGCUCUGUUCAGCUUUCCGUUGCAGUUCCGAAAUUGCUCUCUUUCGCUUAUCUUCAUUUGGGUAUUUUGAAUGCUGAGUGCUUGUUUCGAAAAUGUCUUUCAACGUUACAUUUUUUGUUGUUCGAUAAUUUAUCGCGACAUAUUAAGCACACCGGUAAGCCAGCGUCGUUGGCGGUGAAGGCAAUUGCUUCUGUCCACGCAGAAUUAAACUCUCUAAAUUAGAUGUUAAAAUGUAUAACAGUAGUAGUCGUAAAUAAACAUAUAUAUAAAUACAACUUAAAUUAAGAAAUUGCCAUUAUUCAUUUUCAUGUUUUUUUUUUUUUGUCAAGGCCAAAGGGAGCCACUACAAGGAGGCUGAAGAGCCGCAUGUGGCUCCAGAGCCGCGGGUUGCCGACCCCUGUGCUAGGCUUACCAUUAGGCACAACUAGUGUGAAAAUAAAAAGUAGUUAACCUUUUAAACCAAGAUCUGUCUUCCUGAGCAGCUGAAAGGUAUAAGAAACUGUUUAAACAAUUUGAAGCAAGGCUUUGGUCCUGUUUCUGUGGGGUUUGUUUUGUUUUGUUUUGUUUUGUUUUGUUUUAGUUUUAGUUUUUUUUUCUCUCCAUGAAAGUCAAGAGUACUUUAUCACACUCUUAAUCUUUUCCCUAAAGGAUCGUUGAAUGACUAUAGAGCCUUACAAUGCAAUAAAAGUAUUUUGCCAAUCGGCUAAAAUUGCCAGUUCAUAGUUGUUUUCUUAAGUAUGUUCAUAAGAAAUUUAGUUUAUAAAAACUUUUUGGGGGGUAUAUAUUUUUCCCUGUUAUAUACUGAUUUAUUUUACUUGCUUUAAAAGGUGGUUCUUGAUCAUAACACAUGUUAUUGUGUACUUUUUUUAAUAAAAUACAAACGUAUUGUCUUUGAAGUUAAAAAUAUUGUGAUUGCUUCAAAGUGGAAACUAAUGGUCUUGUUUUCUGAAGUUUUGUGAGCCACAUUUCAUUUGAUAGAAAUGAAUUUAAGUUGUAAAUAUUCAAAUUUGUAUAUCUAGCUGUUUUAAAAUAGGUGAAAUGUAAAAUGUUUUGGAAAGGAACUUUUAUUUUAAAUGUAAAAUGUACUGUCCAUUUAAAGAAGGACCUAUUUGUUUUUAAGAUGACAGUUCAUUUUCUCCAAAAUAUGAAAAUGUAUAGUUACAUGUUACUGUGUGGUUCCAACAAAGCAAACCAAUAACAUUAUUAAGACAACAAUUAUGCAUUUGGGAAAUAUUAGUAUUUGCAAACACAGUAUUUAUCAUGAACAAGACUCCACAUUUACACACCUAUACCAGCAAUUCAAAGUUUAUAAUAAUUUUUUGAGAACUUAAUUGAACUUAUAGUAAUUAUUUUUGCACCUUGUGCAGCCUGGGCUUAAAUCCUGGGUCCAAAACCUAUUACGAGUGUUAGGUACAAUGUUUCUAAAGAUGUUUGUUAUUCUGUGAUAUAGUUGAAACAUAUGGCUGUGAGUUACUUAAUUUUAAGGAAAAUACGACUAUUUCUUGAUUUCUUUGUGAUGGAUGAAUAUUUGUUUUGCUUGUAUUUUAGUUUACACUUGGGUUAAUAAAGUCCAUAGAGAAACAAAACAUGAAAAACUGAGUAACAGAGUAUACACUUUGGAAAGUGCAAAGCGUUUUAAUUUUGGAUUUUACAUGAUGUAAUAUUUUAUUAAGUAUACCGGGAUUGUUGCUGCUUCUCAAAAAAAUAAACCAAAAAAGAAACUGUAAA